GGUCCAAUCGGCUACGGUUCAGUCGAAUCGCGCGUGGGUGGGUUCCGUCUCCUUGAGGCUUUGGCCUCCAUUCCUCUUUGCAGGAGUUCGUCGUUCAUUUUCGAUCCAUCGUUUGUUAUCGCUUGCUUCGUCCCGAAUCGCCGAGGAGGAAAAGUCGUUUCUUGCAGAAUUUUAUUUUCUUGAAGAAAUCUCUGGUAGUUCAACACAAGAGAAGAAGAGGGAGAUUUUAAUGGAGGCGGACGAUCCUGCUGCUUCGUUUCCGCUGGCGAAAUGGCGAAGUGAUUUCUCCAGGGCGUUUCAGUACUACUUGGAUAAAUCCACGCCCCACACGACCGAAAGGUGGAUCGGGACUGCUGGGUUCGCCGUGAUCUACUGCCUGCGCGUGUAUUUGGUGCAGGGCUUUUAUAUCGUCAGCUACGGUUUAGGGAUCUAUCUGUUGAAUCUCUUGAUUGGGUUCCUGUCACCGCUGGUCGACCCGGAGAUCGAAGUUUCUGAUGGCCUUUCUCUGCCAACGAGAGGCUCUGACGAAUUCAAGCCUUUCGUUCGUCGUCUCCCUGAGUUCAAGUUCUGGUAUUCCAUAACAAAAGCUUUCUGUGUUGCUUUUGUGAUGACUUUCUUCUCCGUGUUUGAUGUUCCUGUCUUUUGGCCAAUACUGCUUUGUUAUUGGGUUGUUCUUUUCUGCCUGACAAUGAAGCGUCAAAUUACCCACAUGAUCAAGUACAAGUAUGUGCCAUUCAACCUUGGGAAGCAGAGAUAUGGAGGGAAAAAGAAUUCUGGAAACGCUAGUCGGUCAAGCGAUUGAUCUCUAAUGGGGUUAAUGAACGACCGGAUCUCGACAUCUUCACUUAAUUGAUACCUUUAUUAGUUUUACUCCAUCGGGAAAAAAAAUGAAGGAUGUAUUUUGUAAAAGCAUUUAUUUCUGUGCUUCUUCCACAUUUUCUCAUCUACAAGCCUAGUAUAUGAUAUAUACGGAUAGCAUGUUCGAAAAUACUAAUAAUCGUUCUUUAGUUUUAUCCGUA